AUGGUGAAAUUGGAUUCUCUUUUGACCCUCCUGGUGUCCCUCUCCGCCUCUCAGGUAGUAGCUCGUGCCACCUCUUCUGGUCAAACUAAGUAUACUCUCGACAAUAUCCGUCCCCUGACCGACUCUUCCUCUGGACUCGUGAAGUGCUGCCCAGAGGGAACCGAGUUUGACGGCAAGAAUUGCGUCUUGGGUGUUCCUCUAUGCCCGGAGGGAUUUAUCCGCAACUCGGACAAGUGCGUAUCCAACAUGAAGCCUAUCUGUCCCGAUAGGAGUGAAUUCAACGGCAAGACCUGUGUCGCGAACGCACCUCCUUCCUGCCCCCCUGGCACCGACCUCAAAGGCCGAACAUGCGUGACAGAGCCUGCAUCUUGUCCCGCUGGUAUGGAGCCCAGUGGCAAUGUUUGUCAAUCCAAGCAGACUCCUGUCUGCACCGAUGGUCAUACCUUUAAUGGAAAGACCUGUGUCAGUGUCAUGAUCCCACAGUGUCCUGAUGGGCUGGAAUUUGGCAAUGGAAGCUGUAUUAGCAGCGGAUCCCCCGUCUGCCCCUCAGGCUCUGCAUUCAACAUCGCUCUGAAAGCCUGUGCAUCAACAUCUAGCCCCACGUGUAAUGAGGGAAGCAGCCUGAAAGAAGGUCAAUGCAUUUCUGACACUAAGCCUACCUGUCCCGAAGGGAGCAAUUUCAAUUCGCGUACCAUGCAAUGUACUGCAUCCGAAAGGCCCUCCUGUAUGCCCGGUUUCCAGUUUGAUCUGGUCAGCAAGAAGUGUAUCCUCGAGGACCAACCUAGCUGCCCCCCUGGAAGCGAUCUGUCUAUUGAUAUCACGUCUAAGACGGCCCGUUGCUGCCCUGCUAAUAUGAUGUGGGACGGGAACAUGUGCGCUUUCGAGGUUGACGAAUCUGACAUUUGCCCCCCUGGCGCAAUUCAGGUAGGCACAUCUUGCCAGAAGCAGGCUGUGAAGGUUCCCGAAUGCCCGCCAGGCUCCAAGUUCAGUGGUAGCCGCUGUGUAUCAACGGAACUUCCAGAGUGUCCCCCUGGCUUUCUCCUCAACGGCUUAUCCUGUAUUUCCCUUGAGCAGCCUGAAUGUCCUCCUGGUCUAGUCCUCUCGGGCGAGAACUGUAUCGAUACCACCGAGGUCACCUGUCCGACCGGCACGCGAUUUGAGAAGGACACUUGCGUUAGCAUUGAGCAGCCUGCUUGUGAAGACUACUAUAUCUUCAAUGGGAAGAAUUGUGUUUCAACUAUCUCUUCACCCGAGUGUGCUGAUGGCACCGUCUUCGACGGCGAGGAAUGUAUCACCCCUUAUACGCCAACCUGCCCUGAAGACACGACUUUCGACGGCACCCGCUGUAUUUCGACGAGCGUUCCCGUCUGUCCCUCUAAUGGUAUCCUCAACGGGCAAGGAGACUGCAUCGUUACUUCCACUCCUACAUGUCAGCCCGGAUCUUCUUUUGUCGAUGCCAGCUGUAUCAUUGGUGCUCCAACCUGUCCAAAAGGCACUGUCUUUGACGGUAAGCAGUGUAUUAGCCCUAAGGACCCUAAGUGCCCCGUUGACCAUAAAUGGACCAACGGUCGCUGCAUCAAACUGGUCGGCAUUGAGUGCGCUCCUGGUUAUGCCCCCUUCAACGGCGAUUGCGUCUCCGAAAGCAAGCCUGAGUGUCCCCCGGGGACUGACUUCGACGGCAAAGACUGUAUUGGAUCUGAGCCCCUUUGCGAUGAAGAUCUAGUCUUCGACGGUGAGGAGUGCGCACACCCUUCUGAGCCCACAUGCCCACCCGCUAUGAAGUUCAACGGCAAGAAGUGUGUCGCUGAAAAGUUGCCCGAAUGCCAACCCGGCACCACCUUCAACAAAAACACUAAGGAGUGUGUCGCUACCUCGGCCCCCGAGUGUCCCCCCGGUCAGGUCUUCAAUGGUAAGCAGUGUGCUUUGGCAGCAGGUGACUGCAUGAACUUUGAGUACUGCCCUUCAACUGGUAUGCCUGUGUGUGGUGAUGGUGCGACCUUCGAUGCCAAGACUGGCAUGUGCGCGGACUUUUAA